AAAUAUACACAAUAACCAAUAAGCCCUGUUUGACACAAAUCAAAAAGUAAACACACAAAAAAAAUGGCUUUGAGAAUAUGGGCAUCUUCUACUACUAAUGCUCUUGGCCUUUCUUGUACAUCUAAGGCUCUUCCUUUCCCUGCAUUUUCCCUCUCAAGAUGCUUUUCCACUGUUUUGGAUAAUUUGAAGUAUACAUCAUCACAUGAAUGGGUGAAGCAUGAAGGUACAGUGGCCACCAUUGGUGUUACUGAUCAUGCUCAGGGCCAUCUCGGAGAUGUAGUGUUUGCAGAGUUACCAGAAGGAGGAGAAGUAGCAGCAGGAAAAGCAUUUGCAUCAGUUGAAAGUGUGAAAGCAACUAGUGAUGUUAAUUCCCCUAUUUCUGGUCAAAUCAUUGAGGUUAACUCCAAGCUUUCCGAUACUCCUGGCUUGAUAAACACAAGUCCAUACGAGGAAGGAUGGAUGAUCAAAGUGAAGCCAAGUAAUCCAGCAGAGUUAGAAAGCUUGAUGGGUCCUAAAGACUACACAAAAUUCUGCGAAGAGGAAGAUGCUCAUUAACACAAUGAACAUAUAAUCAUCUUCGAAGCCGUGUUGUUCAUGCCCGUUUUCAAUGUAAAAAACUUGCAGAUCUUCCUGUAUAAGUAGAUAGCUAAAUUUUUGCUCCAUGAUCUUGCAAAUUACUUGACAUAAGGUAUUCUAUGCUGUUACUCUGUCCCCAA